GGCCCCCCCCUUUACCCGCCGAGUUGAUUUGAAGCUUAGACCCGAGUUACAAAAUGGCGGUGCGGAGCGCGCUCGUGGCCGGGCUCCCCGCCCUCGGCGUCUGAGCGGCCGCCCGGCCCCCGGGGACAUGGUGUGGGAGACCCCGGGCCUGCCGACCAUCGAGUCCUCCCCGGCUCCCAGCGCCCCGGAAGAAGCGCCCGGCCGCGGCCUCGGACUCGCGUGCGGACCUCGCCGCGCCCACUGCGCGUCUAGAGUGGCGGCGGCCUCCGGGAAGAUUGGAAAAAAUGGCCAAAAGAAUCGCCGAGAAGGAAUUGACAGAUAGGAACUGGGAUCAGGAUGAUGAAGCUGAAGAGGUGGGAACAUUCUCAGUGGCCAGUGAAGAAGUCUUGAAGAACCGAGCCAUAAAGAAAGCCAGGCGUAGAAAUGUUGGGUUUGAAUCUGAUAGUGGAGGGGCCUUUAAAGGUUUUAAAGGUUUGGUUGUGCCUUCAGGAGGAGGAGGGUUUUCUGGAUUUGGCUGUGCUGGAGGGAAGCCUCUGGAAGGAUUGUCAAAUGGAAACAGCUUGAGCAGUGCCAGGGCGGCGGCCGAUUCCAAGGCGGCCUUUGGUUCUUUUGCUGUAAAUGGCCCCAUAAAAAUGGAUAAAAACAUUUCAGACCCCAAGGCUAAUGGCAGAGGCGCACGGCCCUCCUCCUCCUCGUCGUCCUUCUCCUCGUCCUCGUCCUCCUCCGCCUCCCCCAAAGCUGGCACGGGGAGCGCCUACCGCGAGCAGCUGGCCUCCCUCAACUGCUCCGUGCGCGACUGGAUCGUGAAGCACGUGGGCGCCAACCCGCUGUGCGACCUGACGCCCAUCUUCAAGGACUACGAGAAGUACCUGGCGGCCAUCGAGGAGCAGCGCGAGAGCGGCAGCAGCAGCAGCGGCUCCGAGAGCGACGCCAAGGGCCCCGGCGCCCAGGCCCCGCCUCCGCCCUCGUGCGCGGCCGCCAAGCUGCAGCAGGAGGGGACGUUUCUGUUUCACGGCAGUCACACGGAGACCACCCUAGAAAAGAAGAGGGAGGCUGCGCCCGAAAAGAAAGAGCCGGGACCAGGAGCAACAAGUGCCUCAUUCAACUUCGGCAAGAAAGUCGAUAGCUCGGUUUUGGGCUCAUUGAGCUCUGGGUCUCUCACUGGAUUUUCAUUUCCCCCUGGAAACUCCGGUUUUUUCAGUAAAGAUACGACUCAGAGCAAAUCGGUUUCUUCGCCAUUUCCUGCUAAAACCUCCGAGAGCCAAGCAGAAGGCGUUGGUAACGCAUGCAAAGGUGGGGAUGAGGAGGAGAGCGACGAGCCCCCCAAGGUGGUGGUGACUGAGGUGAAGGAAGAAGAUGCUUUCUACUCCAAAAAGUGUAAACUAUUUUACAAGAAAGACAAUGAAUUUAAAGAGAAAGGUGUGGGCACCUUGCACCUGAAGCCUACAGCAAAUCAGAAAACACAGCUGCUAGUGCGGGCGGACACCAAUCUAGGAAACGUCCUGCUCAACGUCCUGGUCCCGUCCAACAUGCCGUGCUCCCGCACCGGGAAGAACAACGUGCUCAUUGUCUGCGUCCCCAACCCGCCCCUCGACGAGAAGAACGCCACCGUCCCGGUUCCCAUGCUGAUCCGGGUGAAGACCAGCGAGGACGCUGACGAGCUGCACAAGAUCCUCCUGGAGAAGAAGGGCGCCUGAGCCCAGCCCUCCCUCCUUCCGCGACGGCCCAAGGACUUGAGACAACUGCAAAGCCUUUGUGAGGAAGAGUAAGGCCAAUAAAACCUUUCAAAGUGAAGUGUCAA